CGCUACGCCGAGCUCUUCGCCGGCGUGGGAGGCUUCCGACUGGCGCUCGACGGCCUCGGCGGCCGCUGUGUCUUUGCGUCCGAGAUCGACCCGUGCGCCGCCGCGACGUACGAGCGGAACUUUGGCGACGCGCCUCUGGGCGACAUCACGGAGGUCCCGGACGAGGACCUGCCUGCGCACGACUUGCUGACGGCGGGCUUCCCGUGCCAGUCCUUCUCGCGGAGCGGCGAGCAGCGCGGGCUGGGCGAUGCGCGCGGCGACCUCUUCUUCGAGAUUGUGCGCGUCGCGCCGGCGGCGCUGCUGCUUGAGAAUGUGCCGAACCUUCUCCGCGUCGACAACGGCCACGCACUGCACAUCAUCGUCCACGCGCUCACCCGCGCCGGGUAUCACUGCCGCCUGAAAAAGAAAAACACGCGUUCCUUU